UCUGGUCAGUGAUUUGCAGAGGGAAGAGGAGCAGAGAGAGGAGGGGAGGAAAAAGCGGCGCAGCAGUGAGCGGACAAGAAGCCACCAGCCACGGAACCUAGAAGCGAACUUAGUCUGUAAUCUCCGGAAAACAACAUUUUCUUUAUAAAAGGGUUGUUAUGAUAGAAGGACCCGUUGUUACGUGGAUACAGAUGGCAAGGCUGGAUUGUUUGUGUUUUCUGUGACUUGUUGAGACGGAACCGAACUCGGAACGAAAGAAAACAACAACACUGGAAAAGAGAGACGGGGAUUACACUCUACAGUGACAAUAAAACAACACUCCUCGGAUAAGUGGGCUGCCUAGUUUCGAGGGUGAGGUGCGAACGAAGAUUAAGCAACUUGUUUUGAAUAUAUCGCGCAUGUUAAAUUUGUGUGAACUUUAAACUCAGGAAACCAUGAAGACAUAGCCAGAAAGAACUCAUCAAGUGUUUCGAGGCUGCUAGGUGUUAGCUCGCCUGUCUUGUAGCGAACGAAUGCACUGUAAAGCUAAGUAAGCUAAGUUAGCUGUUGGCUAACGCUAGCUUGCUAGCUGAACGUGAUUCGAGAAACUUUUUGUGUUGCUUCUCCGAAGUCCAAACGCUGAAGAAUAUUUUUGGGAACGGAGGGGAAGGGCAAGUUCCCUUCUGGACUUUUUCCCCUCUACGUAUUUUUCAAACAUGAUGGCUGCAGAGGUCAGCAGCGAAGAGACGGCUUCGGUCACGACGGGUACAGGGGUGGUAGGCGGAGGAGGCCCUGAGACGGCCCCUUUUCCUUACUAUCCCAAGCCGAGCAGAGUGCGAGUCACCGAUCUGGGACAAGGGCCAGCACCAGCAGCCGUCCGACAGCAUUCAAACACAUCUCCGGACUCCCUUCCUGACAUGAGCAUGGUCUGUCCCCUGUCUGGCGGGGAUGUGACGGGGCCAGCGCUGUCCGCCACAGGGAGUGGCGGAACAGGAGGUGGACAGUCUGGUUUUCAAGGAACAAACUCAGGGACUGUGGGCGGCAUGUGCUACUCUCCCACCUCGGAGGGUCCAACUAGUCAAAUUUCACCCACAUCAACGGGCCCGGAUGAUCCCAGUGUCUUCCCUCCACUGCCACCACCACCUCCUGCCUCUUUAGGCUGCGGGGGUCCCGGCUGCACCCAGGAAGACACCGAGGUACCGGAUUGGCCGGAACAGGACGACGACGACAUGGAGUUUCCCCUCUCUGCGCCUCCCUCCAACCAGUGGUACCAUGGUAAACUAGAUCGAACCAUCGCAGAGGAGCGUUUACGCCAGGCCCGUAACCCUGGCAGCUACCUCAUCAGGGAGAGUGACCGCCGGCCCGGUUCCUUUGUCCUGUCUUUUCUCAGUGUGACCAAUGUGGUCAACCAUUUCAGGAUAAUCGCCAUGUGUGGGGACUAUUACAUUGGUGGUCGGCGGUUCUCUUCUUUAUCAGACCUGAUCGGUUACUACAGCUAUGUUUCUUGCCUACUAAAAAAUGAGAAACUGUUGUCACCAGUGGCACCUCCUGAGCCUGUAGAGGACAGGAGGCGCGUCAGGGCCAUACUUCCAUACACCAAAGUGCCAGAUACUGAUGAGAUCAGCUUCCUGAAAGGGGACAUGUUUAUUGUUCACAAUGAACUGGAGGAUGGUUGGAUGUGGGUUACUAAUGUUCGCACAGAGGAGCAAGGGCUCAUUGUGGAGGAUCUGGUGGAAGAGGUGAGCCGGGAGGAAGAUCCACAUGAGGGAAAAGUCUGGUAUCAUGGAAAGAUCACCAAGCAAGAGGCUUACAACCUUCUCAUGACAGUUGGUCAGGUGUGCAGUUUCCUUGUCCGGCCGUCAGACAACACACCCGGAGAUUACUCCCUCUUUUUUCGCACCAGUGAGAAUAUCCAAAGGUUUAAGAUCUCUCCAACGCCCAACAAUCAGUACAUGAUGGGGGGGAGGUACUACAACAGCGUUGAUGACAUCAUUGACCAUUACAAGAAUGAACAAAUUGUUGAGGGAUACAAUCUAAAAGAAGCAGUUUCAGUACAGCAACAGGAGCAAGUACUUACUGACACAGUGGAUGGAAGAGAAAUUUAUAACACUAUAAGAAGAAAAACAAAAGAUGCUUUCUACAAAAACAUAGUCAAAAAAGGCUAUCUCCUCUUUAACAAAGGAAAAGGCAAAAGGUGGAAGAACCUGUACUUCAUCCUUGAGGGUAACGAUGCACAGCUCAUAUAUUUUGAAAGUGAGAAGAGAGCUACGAAACCCAAAGGGCUGAUCGAUCUAAGCGUGUGCUCAGUGUAUGGUGUCCACGACAGUCUGUUUGGCAGGCCAAACUGUUUCCAGAUCGUUGUCCAGCACUUUAGCGAGGAACAGUACAUCUUUUAUUUUGCUGGAGAAACUCCAGAGCAGGCGCAGGACUGGAUGACAUGUCUUCAGACGUUCUGCAGUAACCUCAAAAAACCUACAGUACCCACGUCCAACAAGAGGCUUCGACAGGUGAGCAGUCUGGUGCUGUAUGUGGAGGAGGCCCACAAGCUGCCAAUCAAGUAUUUCACCAACCCCUACUGUAAUAUCUACUUGAACAGUGUCCAGGUUGCUAAGACACACCCAAGAGAAGGGCAGAAUCCUGUCUUCACUGAAGAGUUCACCUUUGAUGACCUGUCCAGUGAAAUAAAUCGAUUUGAAAUCAGUUUGAGCAACAAAACAAAGAAGAGCAAAGAAAAUGACAUCUUGUUCAUGCGUUGCCAGCUACAUCGUUUGAUUAAGGGUCAGAUGAUUGACGAGUGGUUCCCUCUGAGUUCCCACAUUCCUCUGAAGGGCAUCGAGCCAGGCUCUUUGCGCGUACGUGCCCGCUACUCCAUGGAGAAAAUCAUGCCUGAAGAGGAGUACAGCGAAUUCAAGGAGAUGAUUUUGCAGAAAGAUUUUCAUGUAAUCUUCGCUUUGGCUAACGUCUGUGGUCAAGAUCGAACGUUACUGGCAAGCCUUCUUUUGCGGAUUUUCAGACAUGAGAAGGAUGAAGCUUUCCUGCUUAUGAAACUCAAUGAAAAGGAAAUUAAGAUGGAGGAUGAGGCCACAACAUUGUUCAGAGCGACUACACUGGCCAGCACACUGAUGGAGCAGUACAUGAAGGCCACAGCUACACCCUUUGUCCACCACGCGCUCAAAGACACAAUCCUGAAGGUCAUGGAAAGCAAACAGUCCUGUGAGCUGAACCUUUCCAAACUGGAGAAGAACGAGGACGUGACCAUGAACUUGGCCAAUCUUCUUAGUAUACUGUCUGAGCUGGUGGAGAAGAUCUUCAUGGCUGCUGAGAUCCUGCCAGCGACAUUGAGGUACAUCUAUGGGUGCCUGCAGAAGUCCGUAAAACAGAAGUGGCCCAACAACACCACCAUGCGGACAAGAGUUGUAAGUGGUUUUGUCUUCCUCAGACUGCUCUGCCCUGCCAUUCUCAACCCCAGAAUGUUCAACAUCAUUGCUGACCCUCCGUCUUCAACAGCAAGCCGUACCCUCACGCUGGUGGCCAAGUCUGUCCAGAAUCUGGCAAACUUGGUUGAAUUUGGUGCUAAGGAAUCCUACAUGGAGGGGGUCAACCCCUUCAUCAAAAACAACAAACAUCGAAUGAUCAUGUUCCUGGAUGAGUUAGGGAAUGUUCCGGAGCUCCCUAAAGCCACAGAGAGUUUCACGACAGACUUGUCGCGGGACCUGGCUGCGCUGCACGAGGUCUGUGCUGCACACUCGGCUGAACUUCGUACCCUGAGCAACGAGAAGGGCGCACAGCAGCAUGUGUUAAAAAAGCUGCUGGCCAUCACGGAGCUCCUCCAGCAGAAGCAGGCUCAGUAUGCCAUGUCCAACAGCAACAGGACAGAGUGCACCAUCAUGUCUCUGGCUGCUGCCAUCCAGGUAAUGUGAGCUUGAUGGAUUUUCACCUGCA